AUGCUAAAGAAGCGCUCGGAUCCUUAUAGGCCAACGGGCGGCAACGGGCAGCACAGGCACGGGCAGCAUCGGGCGGCAACGGGCAGCACGGGGACGGGCAGCAACGGGCAGCAACGGGCAGCACAGGCACGGGCAGCAACGGGCGGCAACGGGCAGCACAGGCACGGGCAGCAACAGGCGGCAACGGGCAGCACAGGCACGGGCAGCAACGGGCGGCAACGGGCAGCACAGGCACGGGCAGCAACGGGCGGCAACGGGCAGCACAGGCACGGGCAGCAACGGGCGGCACCGGGCAGCAUAGGCACGGGCAGCAACAGGCGGCAACGGGCAGCACAGGCACGGGCAGCAACGGGUGGCAACGGGAAGCAUAGGCACGGGCAGCAACGGGCGGCAACGGGCAGCACAGGCACGGGCAGCAUCGGGCGGCAACGGGCAGCACGGGCACGGGCAGCAACGGGCAGCAACGGGCAGCACAGGCACGGGCAGCAACGGGCGGCAACGGGCAGCACAGGCACGGGCAGCAACAGGCGGCAACGGGCAGCACAGGCACGGGCAGCAACGGGCGGCAACGGGCAGCACAGGCACGGGCAGCAACAGGCAGCACAGGCACGGGCAGCAACGGGCGGCAACGGGCAGCACACGCACGGGCAGCAACGGGCGGCAACGGGCAGCAUAGGCACGGGCAGCAACGGGCGGCAACUGGCAGCACAGGCACGGGCAGCAUCGGGCAGCACAGGCACGGGCAGCAACGGGCGGCAACUGGCAGCACAGGCACGGGCAGCAACGGGCGGCAACGGGCAGCACAGGCACGGGCAGCAACGGGCGGCAACUGGCAGCACAGGCACGGGCAGCAACGGGCAGCACAGGCACGGGCAGCAACGGGUGGCAACGGGCAGCACAGGCAUGGGCAGCAACGGGCGGCAACGGGCAGCACAGGCACGGGCAGCAACGGGCAGCAACGGGCAGCACAGGCACGGGCAGCAACAGAGCGCACGAGGGCGCGGGCAGAGCAUAGCGCACGAGGGCGCGGAACAAUUCUGGCUUGGUUCGCGCGCACAGAAAAGUUCGGCGCCUGCGAUGACGGCCGCGUCUGCCGCCAAAUGCUAA